GGAAGGUGUGGAUGAGCAGGUAUAAAGGGAGGGAGGAAUGUAAAGUCAUGUUCAGACCUGACUGGACUUCUUCCCUUCAAGAGCGAAAAGAUCUACCCGUACCUCCAGGAUGGCGUACUCAACGGGAACGCUGGCGAAAGGCUGCUUUGGGAAAGUCUACAGGGUAAAGUACAAGGGCACCUGGGCUGCCAUGAAGAAGGUCCCCCAGCAGCUCAUCGAACGGAAAGAUCUGGAGCGAGAAUGCGAAGUUUACAACAAAGCAAGUCAUCCCAACAUAGUGAAGCUUCUGGGCAACAUCACUCUGGAAGAAGGGAAAUGGAUUAUUCCACUAGAGUUUAUCUUUGGAGAAGAUUUGGAGACGACGAUUUUCCAGGCAUCAAAGUCCAAAAUACAGAUGACUGCGACCAAUAAAGCUUUUAUUGUUACGGGGAUGUGUGAAGGGUUGCUUCACCUCCACAGGAACGAUAUCGUCCAUCAGGAUCUCAAGCCUGAAAACAUCAUGGUGGAACAUGGGACAUGCAGAGCCGUCAUCAUUGACCUGGGCCUGGCGAAGUUUUUCCGACACGGUCUAAACUCUGCUAUAGACAUGGGGAACGAGGCGUACUCAGCUCCAGAAGUCCUUAGGAGGGGAAGCCAACGAAGUCAGCGUUCAGACGUCUGGGCCAUGGGGAAGAUCAUUGCUGAGCUUUACGCCCGGGUUCGGCUUCACACGCCCUCCGUCAAUCCUGCUAAGAUCAAGGAGACCUUGCAGGGUCAGCCAUACUGUGAGACUGUGAUUAGGAUGGUGGAGACAGACCCCUUUCGGAGGGCCACCAUGGAGGGCGUCAUAGAUGAGAUACGAAAAGCUGGAGAAGCAGCGAACGGAAAAAGUGCACCAGUUAAGAAAGAUCUCAAGCCAACAUCGACUGAUGAUGCUCCCAGGAAGAGCUCUCCAUCACCAAUGGAUAGACGUUUAAACCCGCCUGUCAAGAAUCCUUUAGGGGCAAUCAGCGACCCGCCAUCAUUUAUUAAAGCCAGAGAUCCCUCUCCAUUCCACAGAGACAGAGUUGCACCAUCUCCACGAUGGGAGCCAACACCCAGACCAGAAAUGAUGCGCCAGCCUUUGCGCCCCCAGCCUCGGCCGACUGGCAGUCCCUUCACAAAGCUGUCCGAGGACAGAAACAGACGCCAGCCUAUGUUCCCGCCCGGCAGGACAAAUGUUCCACCUACUAUCGAACAGCUGAAGCAGAAAUACAAAGCUGCUCGGGAUCUUCCCAACAGUUUGCCCAAAACAGGGAAACUGCAGAUGCGGCGCGUUGAGAAGAACAAUGGGAAAAUUGAAACAUGGGAGCAGACGGUGGAGACAGAGGGUGGUAAAAUUAUCAGAUAUAAAGAUGUUAAAGUCGAAGACUAAAAAAAGAUCUUUGAACCACUCCAUGUCUUUAAAGACAACAGACUCAUAAAAGGACUUUUAAGAGAACAUGGUGUGAACCUGGUGGACAGCAUCUAUUCCUCAGGAACCAGGGGGCGAGUUAAACAUGUUUACAGGAUUUGCAGUCUGCAUGCGGCAGCAUCAGGGUGUAUUGUAAGAAAAGAGGAUGGUGGUAAAAGGGAAGAUAGGGACUUAAAAUGAGCUGUAAAUAUGCACGACUAAAGAGGAGAAAACCCCUCGAUAUACAUUCUGCCAUCCUGCCUGUCGGGUCACGUUUGACAGCACAAUAUCCGCCAGAGCUUAAUGUCGGUGGAAGGAGAAAAAUUAAAAGAUGUGCUGUCCUCUUUUUUUACCAGCUGUAAUGUUGUUCUUUUUUUAAUAUCUUCUUUAUUUAAUCUACGGUUAUGUUUUUUAAAUUUCUAUUUCACCUGUAGUCUUGCUUAUUGAACUGUCUGACCCUCGUGUCUCCUGUUUUUCUUUUAUUUAUUUAUUGUCUGUCAUCUAAAAGUUGUUCAACCUCUCACUUUUUUUUGCCAUGUAUUUUUACAUUCCUCAGCACCAGUCUAUACUUUCUACUUAAUCCAUUGUAUAAAGUGAUUUAGCCCUUUCUGAAUAAAGUUUUGCUUAGAUCAGAA